AUGAACACCACAGUCGAUAGCACCAAGUUCUUCCUUGGAAACGAAGACUACCUUACACAACCCUAUUCCGUAACAACCCCUUCUUCCUUCACAGGCAUCACCACAAAGGUUGAGACGUUUCCCGAUACGCCUGUCAUCUACAACCAUCAAUCAGAUGAUGAAUCGUUUUAUGUUGGGUAUCAGGAACAAGGAAGCAGUAGCUUUGAAGACGCGACAAAUGGCGACGUUUAUUUUCAACCACAGCAUCAUCUUGCUCCUCCACCAUCUAGUAGUAGCAAUAACAGCAGCUUGAAUACUCCUUGUUCGUCAUCAUCAAUAUCUUCGGAUAUGGCUGCCGUAGUAGUUGCAUCAGCGGCACCUGUGGCAAGCAACGUCAUGGCAAACUCAGUGAUGGAAGCAACAGGAGGAGCAACCCCCAUUGCUGCUGUAGCUGCUGGUGAGCAACAACUGUGCCAGCAGCCCGACACGCCGAUCUCAUGCUGCACUUCCCCUGCACCUUUACCUACAACCAGUGGUGCCACUACUAACACAGCAAGUCCUUCACCCAUUACUCCUGUAUAUCCAUCCUCGGAUUUUUUACAGUUUGCUAAGGAUACCGUGCCUUUUGACCAUCAUCAACAACCUAUGCUCGUUCAACCCAAUAAUAAUAAUAGCACCACAACUGCUGCUGUUGCAGACCAACAGCGUGUCUCAAGUAGUCCCACUCAUGGCAGCAAACGACGUCAUCCUGAUGAGCAACAAGAUGAUGAAGAUAUCGAGGAUCCAUCAUCCGCCCCAGCAUCUGCAGUUUCCAAUAGCGAGCUGCGACGGCAAAUUCAUAUCCAAUCCGAGCAAAAACGCCGUGCCCAAAUCAAAGAUGGCUUUGAAGACUUACGGAAUGAAUUGCCGAGUUGCCUUAACAAAAAAAUGAGCAAGGUCGCUUUAUUACAUCGAACGGUGCAGCACAUACAGCAUCUCAAGAAUACACAAAUGACAAUACUUGCAGAGUUGGAGCGGCUGGUGAAUGAAAAUGAACAGCUGCGAAAAUUCCAGCAAUGUGUAUUGCAAAAGCAAGCUCUCGAGAAAAUGUACCAGGUCAAUAAUCUAUAA